AUGAUGCGGCCGCAGCUGUUUCGUGCGGCCGCCCGGUCCCUCCGAGUUCCUAAGGUCACCCCCCGGGCAUUCGCGACUACAGCCCCUCGCGCGGCCGAGGUGGAACUCACCAUUGAUGGCAAAAAGGUGUCGCUGGCUCGGCCCUUAUCCAGGCCUGUGAGCAGGCAGGUGCCACGGUUCCCAGAUAUUGUUACCAUGAAAAACUUUUGGUUGCAGGAAACUGUAUGUGAAACCCACAAUUCCCCAUUCCGCGCCAUUGAGGCAUAUGUACUUACCGAAACUAUAGGUCGUAUGUGCCUCGUCGAAGUCGAACGUGCCCCAAAGCCAGUGGCCUCCUGUGCUUGGCCGGUGCAACCUGGCAUGGUGGUGAAGACGAAUUCACCGCUGGUUCACAAGGCAAGAGAGGGUGUCAUGGAGUUCCUCCUCGCCAAUCAUCCCCUCGAUUGUCCUGUCUGCGACCAAGGAGGAGAGUGUGAUCUCCAAGACCAGUCGAUGCGUUACGGUGCCGAUCGGGGUCGAUUCCAUGAAAGCGGUGGAAAGCGUGCCGUGGAGGAUAAGAACAUCGGCCCACUGGUCAAGACGUCAAUGAAUCGAUGCAUCCACUGCACUCGUUGUGUCCGAUUCAUGAAUGACGUCGCCGGUGCCCCAGAACUAGGAACUGCCGGUCGCGGAAACGACAUGCAAAUUGGAACCUACCUUGAGCAGAACCUCAACUCAGAACUCUCGGGCAAUGUCAUUGACCUUUGCCCUGUCGGUGCACUAACUUCGAAGCCCUAUGCUUUCCGGGCUCGCCCAUGGGAGCUCAAGCACACCGAAUCGAUCGAUGUCCUUGACGCUCUUGGCUCUAACAUCCGGAUUGAUAGCCGAGGCCUGGAAGUGAUGCGGGUUGUCCCCCGACUGAAUGACGAUAUUAACGAGGAAUGGAUCAAUGACAAGUCGCGGUUCGCAUGCGAUGGGUUGAGGACCCAACGGCUCACAACGCCGCUCAUUCGUCGGGAGGGUAAAUUCGUCCCUGCCACUUGGGAACAGGCUCUAACGGAGAUCUCAUCGGCCCACGAGAAGCUGCAGCCACAAGCAAAUGAGUUCAAGGCUGUUGCUGGACACUUGGUUGAUGCUGAGUCGCUCGUUGCCAUGAAGGACCUGGCGAACAAGCUCGGCUCCGACAACCUUGCCCUGGAUCAACCUGGAGGUGGCGCCCCCAUUGCUCACGGUAUCGAUGUCCGUUCCAACUACCUGUUCAAUUCCAAGAUCUAUGGAAUCGAGGAGGCAGAUGCAAUCCUUUUGAUCGCAACAAACCCUCGUCACGAAGCCGCUGUUCUGAACGCCCGUAUCCGCAAGCAGUAUAUUAGAUCUGAUCUUGAGAUUGGACUUGUCGGCGAGGAGUUUGAGAGUACAUUUGACUUCAACCAUUUGGGCACUGAUGUCUCUUCCUUGAAAUCCGCUUUGUCCGGAGAAUUCGGCAAGAAGCUUGCCGGAGCCAAACGGCCAAUGAUUAUUGUCGGUAGCGCUGCUGUAGAGCACCCUGACGCCAAGGCAAUCUUCGAGGCUGUCGGUGGUUUCGUCGAGAAGAAUGCAAGCAACUUCAUUACCCCGGAGUGGCAGGGCUAUAACGUCCUCCAGCGUGCCGCAUCUCGAGCUGGUGCCUAUGAAGUUGGCUUCACUGCACCAUCUUCCCAGGUUGCUCAAACCACCCCCAAGAUGAUGUGGCUUUUGGGUGCAGACGAGAUUGCCCAAAGCGACAUCCCGAAGGAUGCUUUUGUCGUCUACCAGGGACACCAUGGUGAUCGCGGUGCUCAACUUGCUGAUGUCGUUCUCCCGGGCGCUGCAUACACCGAGAAGUCAGGCACAUACAUCAACACAGAAGGUCGCGUGCAAGUUACCCGUGCUGCCACUUCUCUUCCCGGCGCAGCUCGCGAUGACUGGAAGAUCAUCCGUGCCACUAGCGAAUUCCUCGGUGCUCCUCUUCCUUAUGAUGAUAUCGAGGCUCUUCGCGACCGGAUGGAGGAGAUCAGCCCUGUCAUGCGUCGCUACGACGUUGUUGAGCCGACCUCGGUUGGCUCGUUGAGCAAGGUCCAACUUGUGGACCAGAACAAGGGAUCUCAAGCCACUGGGGCUCCUUUCAAGAAGGUGAUCGAAGACUUCUUCUUCACUGACGCUAUCUCCAGAAGUUCGCCCACCAUGGCCCGCGCCUCCGCUGCCAAGGCUACUGGAAACCCUGAGACCAACUUCAUGGCCGCAGGAGAAAUGUCUCCUCAGGCUUUGUAUGGUUAG